UACAACUCCCUUCAAACCAAAGAUAACUCCAACACCACCACCCACAAUUUCCAUUUUUAAAGAUCAAAAAGACAAAAAUCAAAUUUUAUAAAACUCAAUAAAAAAAACCCCUGAAUUCUUAAACCCCAAUUCACUCCUCAUUCCUCCCAAUUCCACUCCCCACUCUUUCUCUCUCCUCAACCCACACCCCCACCCCCCCAAAAUCAAUGGCGAUUUCAGAUGCCGUGGUGGGGAAUUUGAUGACGAUAUACCUAGCGCUAAUAGCGGCGAUCAAGGCGUAUGGGCUAAUCAUGGGGCAAAGCUUCACCGGAUUAUUCGUGCUCGCGGUGUCAACUGCGGUGGUAGGCCUCGUUUUAGUCUCGACGCUGACAUGGGAUGUCUCACGGAAGGCUACACAAGCGGUUUCUCGGGUGGUUGUUAACAGUAGCGGCGGCGGUGGUGGUGGUGAGAUUUGCCGCGGAGGAAUUUGUUGGCACGGUGUUGCCGUCAAAUCCCCGGCUUCUGAGCUCUGGUUUCGACUCCCUGCGCACCAACCCUUUGUGCCUCCCAUGUAAAUUAAUUAAUUAUACGAGCAUAAAAUAAUUUUGGCCUUUUUUUUUUCUAAUGUUUGUUUAUACUUUUAUACAUGUAAUAUAUGGUGUGAUUCGAAUUCCACUUGAAAUUUCAUCUUUGUUGACUGUUAAUUUUUAA